CGCAGGGUUUGAUUGACAGCUUGGAUUGUCCCAGAGAGCGCGCUGCGCGGGCAGAGUCUAGGCAGGGGGAUCCAACAACCAGCCCUGGAGGAAAAAAUAACUCACAGCAGCGAUCGUCUGUUUCAAGAUUAUUUUAUUGCAGUGAGGUAGGCCAGGCCAGUGUGUGUAUCCAUGAAUGUACGUCACCAUGAUGAUGACCGACCAGCUGAUGGACUUAGCUCCGCCUCCGCGGCUGAACGGGGAGCUGCCGCUGAUGCAACACAUGGUUAAUGGAGACGCAGCGCAACAGGUGAUCCUGGUACAGGUGAAUCCAGGGGAGACCUUCACCAUCAGAGCGGAGGACGGCUCGCUGCAAUGCAUCCAGGGUCCUGCUGAGGUCCCAAUGAUGUCCCCCCAUGGAUCAAUCCCCCCCAUCCACGUCCCCCCAGGAUACAUCUCCCAGGUGUUAGAAGACAACACAGGAGUGCGUCGGGUGGUCGUCACCCCCCAGUCUCCUGAAUGUUAUCCCCCCUCGUACUCCCCGCUUCCCCCCACGCCCCACCUCCCGCCGUACCUCACCCACCCCCACUUUAUCCCCAACUCUCACUCCUUCUACCCCCCUGUGAGUCCUGGAGACCUGCCCCCCCACCAGUACUACCAACACCAUCUCCCGCCCAUAUAUGGAGAAGAGAUAAUCCCAGUGUAUGGCAUGUCCAGCUACGUUGGCAGAGAGGAGAGCUACAACAAGCCCCAGCCGAAGAAGAUGAAGGAGCAGAGACAGCUGGAGCGACAGAACAGACUCAACUCUCCUCCCUCUUCCCUGUACAAGUCUCUGGGCUCCAGCCACAAUGGAUACAGCGGGAAGAGCCACGUCCCUUCGCUAGGGUCACUGGGGUCAAUGGGCGGAGCUAACAGUCCAGGAGGGAAGAAGCCGGAACGACGACAACUACGGAGCAGCCCAAGGAGCAACGAGCCAGACACACACACACAAUCACCGCAAGAUCACGACUCGGAGGCAAAAAGAGUUCAGGAAGUGCUCUCCGUCAUCGACAAACCACAGGUGUCCAACGUGCACGCGCGGGGUGCUAGGUUGUCCUGGGCUCCCCCGGUCGGGCUGGUGAACCGGUUCAGCAACAGCCAGUCUCUCACCUACGAGGUCUCUCUGUCCGACAAGGGACGGGAUGGCAAAUACAGACUUAUAUACAGUGGAGAGGAGUUGGAGUGUCAUCUAAAAGACCUGAGGCCAGCUUCAGACUAUCACGUACGAGUCAGCGCGGUGUGUAACUCUAACUUGAGGGGUGUGUGUUCGGAGACGGGGUCGUUUACAACACACACCUGCCCCCCUGACCUGCCCUUCCCCCCCAAACUGUCUCACCGCACCAAGAGCACCCUCACACUACAGUGGAAGCCUCCGAUCGACAACGGAUCCAAAAUCACAAACUACCUUCUUGAGUGGGACGAGGGAAAGAAGAACAGUGUAUUUAGAGAAUGUUACUUUGGGAGCCAGAGACACUGUAAGCUGACCAGACUGUGUCCUGCUGUGGGCUACACCUUCAGAGUGGCUGCUCACAACGACAUAGGCACCAGUGGUUUCAGUACGGAGGUUGUGUUCUACACUACAGGUACGCUGCCCUCCUGCCCCCUGGCACCGCGGCUGCUGCGGGCGGGCGUCUCCUGGGUCACUCUGGAGUGGGGCCGUCCCGAGGGCAGCUCCAACGAGGAACUAAUCACAUACACACUCGAGAUCCAGGAGGACAAUACCGGAACAGACUUUCAUCCGAAGUACACUGGAGACAACCUAACCUCCACAGUGCAAGGCCUGAAGAGGAGCACACAGUACAAAUUCAGGCUGAUAGCGUCUAACGUGGAGGGUGGCAGUAAACCCAGUGAAGUGUUGGUGUGUACUACCUGUCCUGAUAAACCUGGACCCCCUUCUCCCCCCCGAGUCACGACCACUACAUCUUAUGGCUUCACCAUCACCUGGGAUCCUCCCCAGGACAAUGGAGGUUCAGAAGUUCUGACGUAUCUGCUGGAGAUCUCAGAAGGCAGCUCUGACGCGAGCCAGUGGGAGGUGGCGUACAGCGGCCCCGCUACAGAGUGUGUGUGUGAAGAACUGACGCCCGGCACAGUUUACCGCCUGCGAGUGUGUAGCAUCAGCACCGGUGGACACAGCCAGUGUUCCUUCAGCGUUCCGGUUCGGACUUUGAGCGUCGUCCCUGAACCCUGCCAACCGCCCAGGAUCGUGGGUAAUAAACACAAGGAAGUACAGUUAGAAUGGGACGCCCUGACGUCAGAAGGUGUGUGUGAGGAGUGUGUGUUCAGUCUGGAGAUGACAUCAUUAGAGGACGAUGCUGAGUCCAGUGAGAUAUACAAUGGGACAGAGCUGCAGUGCAGUGUGGGUAGCCUGCUGCCGGGGGCAACCUACAACUUCAGACUGAGGGCUGCCAACGAGGCUGGGUUCGGAGAGUACUCUGAGGCAGUGGAGGUGACGACAGCAGCGGGUCCUCCAGGCCAGUGUGUGGCGCCACUCAUCACUCUGAACAACACCACCUGUCUAACAGUCAGCUGGGAGAGUCCUGAAGGAUCAGGCUCUGACAUCUCAGAGUAUCGCCUGGACUGGUCCAGGGAGGAGGAGCCUAUGGAGCUGAUCUACUGUGGACCAGAGACCCAGUGUGAAGUAUCAGACCUGACCCCCGCAACACACUACUGCUGUAGACUACAGGCGGUGAACCAAGCGGGGGCGGGGCCUUACAGUGAACAGAUGACCUUCCAGACUCCAGCGACUAAUCCCGACGCAGUCUCUUCUUUCUUCCUGCUUGACCAGCUCCAAUCAGAUCAGUCCCCCUCCACCUGCCUCUUCCUGAAGUGGGAGGAGCCUAACUGUAAUGGGGCGGAUAUAACGUCUUACAUCAUCAGUCUGGACGAUCAACUCAUUACCGUGGAAACAGGAACCAGUCACCUGAUCACUGACCUUCAGCCAGACAGCCAGUACAGUGUGCGGAUCCAAGCGGUGAAUGUGAUUGGCUGUGGCCCGUUGAGCCCACCUCUGGUGGCUAGGACACGCCCCCUCCCUCCGGCUCCUCCUCCUUUGGAAUGUUCGGCUGCCGGCCCCCAGAGCCUGAAACUGAAGUGGGGGGAGAACGCUGCACACACACACACCCGCGCCCUGCUCUCCAAUGACAUGUUCUACACACUACAGAUGGAAGAUAAGAACCACAGGUUUGUGUGUAUCUACAGAGGUCCCAGUCAUACUUACAAGGUGCAGCGCCUGACCGAGUCCACCAGUUACCGGUUCAGGAUCCAGGCAUGUAGUGACGCAGGGGAGGGACCGUUCUCAGACACACAUACCUUCUCUACCACCAAGACUGUACCCUCCGCACUCAAAGCUCCCAGAGUGCACCAACUGGAAGGGAAUGUGUGUGAGGUCACCUGGGAGACCAUUCCACCAAUGAGAGGUGACCGUGUCAACUACAUCCUGCAGGUGCUGGUUGGACGAGAGUCAGAGUACAAACAGGUGUUUAAGGGAGAAGAGAGUGCCUUCCAAAUCACCGGACUCCAAGGCAACACCGACUACCGUUUCCGUGUAUGCGCCUGCCGCCGUUGCCAGGAUACCAACCAGGAACUCUGUGGCCCUCUAAGCCCCUCCUCCCCGUUCACCCUGCGUCGUCAGGAGCAACAGUGCCUGGGGGAGACCAGCGCCGUGGAGACGGUGAAAGGGGCGGGGAUAAUAUCCAGCGAUGAGCGCUUUGCGGCGGUCGUGGUGUGUGUGUUCGCCGGUGUCUCCAUCCUCAUGGCCUGUCUGCUACAAUACUUCUUCAUGAAGUGAGGGAAUGAAUCGGCAACAGGAUAGAAAAGAGAAAACAAAACGACAGCGAAAAAGAAAACUAGCAUCUACUAAAGAAAGGAAAGAAAACAAACACUUGAGAAUCAAGUGCAGGAUAGAAAGAGAAAAAAACCGAGAGAGGAAACAGACUUCAAACGAAACAGACCUGAGCUGUACUUCAGUUAUUCUACCGCGACAUUGUAGUCCAUGUAUCUCUUUCCUUUUCUCUCUCCCCUCUCUCUCUUUCCCUCUCUCCUCUCUCUCUUUCCCUCUCUCUCGCUCGCUCUCUCUGUUUCUCUUGUCAUUGUUAGUUUGGUCUCUCUAUCUUAUGUAAUGGAUGUAUUUGGAGGGAAGCUGUUCGUGGCCAGAACAAACAAACUGAUAACCAAGCAUUAGCCAGCCAGGAGCCCAGCAGGCUCCUCAAUGACCCGCAUGACAUUAUUUUGUAUCUUUUUAAACCUAAUAGACAAAUUGUGCUUUUCUUUAUAUUUCUUUCCUUUCAAUUCCUUACUUUACUGUGUCUGUGUCCUAUUUGCGCUGUUCGCUGCAGUCUUUUGUAGUUUUUUUCCGUUGUGCCAUUUUGAAAUGUAAUUCUCAAGCUUUAGCCAUGUAUUCAUCACUAUCUGUUACCUUGUCUAUUAUAGGCCAAAUCAUGCAAUCUUGAUGCACAGAUGCACACAGACACAUAGACACAGACACACAGAAACACAUGCAGAUGCACAGCGAGACAAACACACACACACACACACACACACAUGCACAUAGAGACAGAAACACACACACUCACUCAGAUGCCUUCUCUUCUGUGUUCUUUAUUCAGCUACCAAAGCGAUGCCAUUGUUAAAAAAUGCUGCUAUCCUGUUUCGUUAUAUCUAAGAAAGAAUGGAUUUAGUUACCUAAUAUAUACAAUCUAUAUCAAAUAUAUCUAAGAUAGAUCUACCUAUCUAUAUUUGUAGGGGGCGAUGCUAUGAUGUAAUAUAAGAAGUGUAGAGGUCUGAAUGACAGAGAGAAAGAGGAGGGAUCCAGGUAGAUGUUGCCUUUUAACCACAGAUCUAGGACCAGCUUUCUCUCCCCUGAAGCUAACCUAAACCCUUAGGAGUGGGAAAUGCAAAGCUGACUUUAGAUCAGUUUAGGGCAAGGGUGUAAAACCAGGCUCCUGGAGGGCCACACACCUGGCCAUAUCUAGCCAAUCAGCAACAACAGUUGAUCAAUUUAGUUUGAGGUUGAUAAAAACAUGAUGACACUUUGACCUGUGAGAACUGGACCUGACACCCCUGGUCUAGGGAUAACCUGGUAUAUUCCACUGGGAGUGGUUUAGUGAAUUAUAAUAUGUAUUCUAGGUGCUCACCUGCAGAUCUGAGGUCAGUUCAGUAGCCAGUCCCCGCUGUCGAAUGUAGAGGUUACUGAAGUAACCUUUUAUCCGCCCCCUGCCCCCACUCAACCCUCAUACCUAUUCAUACCCUUCUUUUUCUCUGCCCCCUCUCUCUUUUUCUAUCCCUCCGCCAUUCUCAGUACGUCUCCCUCCCCUCCUCAUUCCUAACCUCCCUCCCUCUCCCUCCGUCUCUCUAAUUAAUGCUGUUAUCAUCCCACUCUCUCUAAGCUGUGUUUCACUCCUACUGUUAUCAUCCCAUUCUCUCUCUCUCUAAACUGUGCUUCACUCCUACUGUUAUCAUCCCACUCUCUCUCUCUCUCUCUCUCUCUAAGCUGUGCUUCACUCCUACUGUUAUCAUCCCACUCUCUCUCUCUCUAAGCUGUGCUUCACUCCUACUGUUAUCAUCCCACUCUCUCUCUCUCUCUCUCUCUCUCUCUCUCUCUCUCUCUCUCUCUCUCUCUCUCUCUCUCUCUCUCUCUCUCUCUCUAAGAUGUGCUUCUCUCCUACUGUUAUCAUCCCACUCUCUCUCUCUCUCUCUCUCUCUCUCUCUCUCUCUCUCUCUCUCUCUCUCUCUCUCUCUCUAAGCUGUGCUUCUCUCCUACUGUUAUCAUCCCACCCUCUCUCUCUCUCUCUCUCUCUAAGCUGU